CAGCAGCAGCAGCGGCAGCGGGGGCCGGAGCCGUCGUUGUCUCCGCGAUGGGGACGGUGCUGUCGCUCUCACCCAGCGCGCCCGGGAAGGGUGGCGGCGGCGGCGUCCUGACCGAGAAGGCGGCCCCCGGCAGGGCCCACGGGAAGGGAGAGAGCCGUCUGAAGCGCCCCGGCGUGUUGAUCUCCGCCCUCACCUGGAAGCGCCUGGUGGCCGCCUCGGCCAAGAAGAAGAAGAACGCCAAGAAGGUGACGCCCAAGCCGGGCUCCGGAGGCGCGCCCGACCCGGUGGUGCAGCAGCGCAACCGCGAGAACGUCCGCAAAUCCCAGCCGGAGGGAGGCAAGCGGCCGCCCUGCAGAGCGCCGGCGCCGCUGCUGCCUCCGCCCCAGCCCAUGGCCGGCGUGCGGGACGCGUCCGGGCAGGAGCUGUGCCGGGCGCGGCGGGUGAUCGUGCAAGCGUCGACGGGCGAGUUGCUGCGCUGCCUCGGGGACUUCGUCUGCCGCCGCUGCUACCGGCUCAAAGAGCUGAGCCCCGGCGAGCUCAUCGGCUGGUUCCGCAGUGUGGACCGCUCGCUCCUGCUCCAGGGCUGGCAGGACCAAGGCUUCAUCACGCCGGCCAACCUGGUCUUCGUGUACCUGCUGUGCCGGGAGGCCCUGCAGGGCGACCAGAUCGGCACCCAAGCCGAGCUGCAAGCCUCCUUCCUCACCUGCCUCUACCUGGCCUAUUCCUACAUGGGCAAUGAAAUCUCCUACCCUCUCAAGCCCUUUCUGGUGGAGGGCGACAAGGAGCGCUUUUGGGACCGCUGCCUCGCCAUCAUCCAGGGCCUGAGCGCCAAGAUGCUGCAGAUCAACUCCGACCCGCACUUCUUCACGCAGGUUUUCCAGGACCUCAAGAACGAAGGCGAGGGAGCCCCCACAAAGGACUCCUCCAACAAACACUGGACUAUAAGCCUGGACCGCUAGGAGACCCCGGAGGCCCCUCCCCGACCGCCUCCCCCAUCCCACUCGCCCUUUUCCGAUGCUGUCGGGCGCCUCCGACACAAAACCACCACAAAAAGGCUUUUCUCAGCCGAGAUUGCUGCCGGAGGGCCGGGAGGAAUAAGACUCUAGGGGGUCACGUUUGGGGAGUUGCCGGGGUCGGGCCCAUAUCCUUUAGUCGGCCCAUCGUACAGGUAUCGUCCAUGGAGCUGCUUCUCCUGUUUCCCCGUCCCCCACCGAGAAUGAGCCAUUCCUGGGUGGUUGCGGGUGGGAGGGCUCCCUGUGGACCACUCUUUCCAAGCUCCCAUUUGUGAGCCACGCCCAAAUUACAUCAACCCCUUAUUAUGACUGCAGCAUCUGAAUAGUUUGGGAAUGGAUGGGAGAGGGUGUCUGCCCCAUGAUGUUACUAUAGCUUUUCAUUAUGGGCAGGCCUUCCUGUUCUUUGUUAACUCCCCCCCUUGCCCAAGGAAGGUGCCACAGGCUGCUUGCCGUUCAGGCCUUCUGUGUGCAUCCAGGCAGGGAGGGGCCACGAUCUUUUCCUGAUUUCCUUCUGUCCUUUCUUCCAAGUGGAGAGAAAUGCCUAGACGAUACUCCUGGGCCAACCUGAGGUAUUAUUUAUUGACCAGGUGUUGUCUUACACAGGAGAGAGAGGUUGCUGUGACCUUGCCUGUGAGAGCCCCCUCCCCCCCCCGUGUGUCCCAUCUAGAUGGGGUCUCUUGGCUGCUGCUGUCCAUCACAGUAGGGUCAGGGUGUUUCAGUCUGGCCGUUCUCCCCACUCCUGCCCUGCUGCUGCCUCCAGUGAAGCAAUUCCUCCUGCAUGUAUUUGUCCUUCCUACUGUGGGUGGCUCUGCCAUAGUAAUUGUUCUACAAAGUGGAUGAUGGUCAUUAGACAACUCUCCACCACUGCAAGUCAAAUGCCUUUCAUAAUUUCUUUCCUUUUCAUCUUGGCACUGGGGAGGGAAGAGAGAAGCGUGUGUGUGUGUGUGUGUGUGUGUGUCUGCACACCCCUCAAUGAAGUGCUGGGGAAGCUGUGCUGCUAUCCUUUCCCUGCCCCUGAAUUGACCUGUUCUCUCCCUGUCCUCCUUCCCAGCAUCCCUUCCCAUCGGAAGCAGAGGCUGGGUGCUGUCCAAGGUGCUAGCCUCUCAGACCUAACAAUACAUUUGCACAUUCUCAAAGUUGAAAAAAACAAGCCGUCUCAUGGUGUUUGAAUGUAACAGAACAAUGUCUGACUUAUGGGAUGUUUGUGCCAAUGUUGCUCAAAUGUACAGUAACAUAUUGUUUUAUAUUGUAUAUUUCAAAGAGAUAAAAUUAAUGAGUCAAAGCGGAA